CUAAAGAUGCAGAUGAAUACAGCUCAAUUCCAUGCAACGUCGAAUCAAAAGUCCAUGCAAAUUGAGCUUCGGUCUUCCAUGUCAGAAGCAAGUGGGCACAUGCACUAAAGAGUAAGGCCUUUUCUUUUCUUCUUUUUCAAAGGCAUACGGUUGGAGAGUGCAUUUAAGUGCCUCAACACGGUUUUUCAGAUGAGAAGAUGGGCCAAAUUUACGAACCCUUCUCAAUCUUUAGACUCAUGCCCACUCCUACAUAAACCCCCCUAUCGUCCCUCGACUUCUCACCAAACAAAUCAAGAUCUCUCAAAGAAUUUGCUUAAACAACUUCACAUUGAAGAUGAUCACUUCCAAGUUGCUUGUUUUUGUGCUUCUCGGUGCUCUAGUUUGCACCUCUGGCCACUCUAGGGUGCUUUUGGGUGAGAAGGCGUCCUUUGAGGAGGAGAAAAACUUCUUCCGCCAACCCGGAUAUGGCGGCGGCCUGGGUGGUGGAGGGGGCGGUGGCCUUGGAGGCGGUGGCGGAGGAGGAUUGGGUGGCGGUGCUGGUGCUGGUGCUGGCUAUGGUGGAGGAGCUGGUGCGGGUGGGGGACUUGGCGGCGGUGGCGGUCUAGGGGGAGGUGGUGGAGGAGGUUAUGGAGGCGGUGGUGGGGGAGGAUUAGGUGGUGGUUAUGGUGGGGGAGCCGGUGGUGGAUAUGGUGGUGGGGCCGGUGCUGGCGGUGGGAUAGGUGGUGGAGCUGGAGGAGGCGGUGGUGGAGGGUUUGGUGGCGGCGGCGGCGGCGGGCUUGGAGGCGGAGCUGGAGGAGGGUUUGGUGGAGGAGCUGGUGCUGGUGGAGGAGCUGGUGCUGGAUUCCCUUGAAGAUUGAGAACCAAAUAUAAAGAUGUGUCUUUCCAAAUGAUUACUCAAUGUUUUGCUUAUCUAAUGCUUAAAAUGUUAAGGCAAGUGCGGCCAGAUUGAAGAGUGCCUUGGUCUCUUUUGCACCUAAAAUUUGAUUGUAUGUCUCAAUAAGCUUUUUCCAGCAAAUCAACGUACAAGACAUGCAUUUCGUAGUAAUCAUAUGUUUAGAUUAUGCA